UUUCCUUCCAUUCUGUCGGUUGAAUUAAGAGAGAUAAUUUUUUUAUUAUUUUUAAAAUAAUUUGUGUUGUGGCGGAUGCCGGUUCUCACGGUGUGUGACGGUGGGAAACACGUGGUUUGAUUUAAAUGCAACCGGUUAAUUAUUGACGAGGAUAACAAGUGUAGAUCCAUUACGGCAAUCACAGCACUGGCACGUGUGCGUGUUGGACGGGAUCAUUUGGGAGUGUGUGUGUCAGUCGCCGGGUUUCAUUGGAUUACUAGCAUCGCUGUCACACAAUGACGUUUGCUACUGUCAGUCCCCAAGGCGCUCUCCUCCGACCCUGCUCGCCCUCCUCCCCCAGCAACCGCAACCGGCAGCUGCACUUCCACGUCAGCACCCAGACGACAAGCGGCGCGGGUGUCGUCGUGGUGCCCACGGCCAGCACCAGCCAUUCCCACUCGCAUCCCCUCAUCUCCAUCCUCCCCACCUCGGUGACCCUCCAGUCCAUUCCGCGUUCUCACAGCGGCCAGUACUACGCGCCGUCGGCCGCCAUCCUUCUGCACCCGGAUCCGCGACAGAACCCCCCACCCUCCAUCCUCAUCCUCCCGGGAUCGGCGCGCAGUCGUAUCCGGGAACACCAGAGCGCGCUCAAUAGCGCCAAAUCCACAGCGGAAGCCGGACAGGUCACCAAGGAGUCACCUCCGCGCAGCGCACGCAGUAACGGGAAAAUGGCGGCGGCCGUAGCCAGUCCGGGAUCGUCGACGCAUACGCCGCAGCACCACUCAGCCGGCUACUACAGUCAGACGCUGUCGCAUCAGACGCACUUCCACUACAGCGACCGCGCGGCGUCACCCACGGUGCAAGUGACCACCGCUAACGGUGUCGGUCAGCACUUUACGCCGCCGCGGCUCAUCCCGCAGACGGUCACCAGCGGACAGAACGUGAUCCAGAUACGCACGGUCCAGAAACCCAUUGAAGCUUUAUUGGUGGACGGCGACAACCCCUUCAAACCGGAAGGCAAACUGUACAAGGAGGCCGAAGACGAGAUCCAGCAGUACAUUCGCCCGCUGUCCGCCGCGCCCAGUCCCUUGCCCAACGAACCCGAACCCCAUCUGGACCCCGUGGAGCUGGACAAGGAGUUCCCGCUCCUGGUCCACCACCACCACGCCCACCCACACCACCACGACAACCAGCACGUCAUCCAGCCGCAGACCAGCACCUCCGGCUCCAGCACCAAGGAGGACCGCUCCAAGUCCACCUCCUCGACCUCCUCGGCCGGUCCGCCGGGUCCCGAGGUCCCCGCCACGCCGGACAGCGACACCGGGAAGGAGAACGUGGCGCCGGUGGUCACGCCGCCGCCGACGGUGGUGCGGGACGUGGUGGACCAGCGCCCCACCGAGGGGAAGACCAUCGUCCGGGACGUCGAACCCGCGCAUCCCCGGGAGGUGGAACGGGAACGCGGGGAACCCUCCAGCAACGGGAAGGGCUCCAAGAAGGACGCCAAGAAGGAGAAGAAGAAGAGAAAGCCGGUGGGAUGCGGCGGGGAUAAAAGCUGCUCCAUUAUGUAGUGCCGGAUACUUCCCAUAUAAACAUGCAUCAUUAUAUAUACAUGCAAAUUGAAGUUUCUUUGAUAGACGUUUUAGUUUGACAGCCAUUUUAGAUUUAAUUAUUCUUUACAAUUUUUUGUUUUGUUAUUUGCGUGCCGUGCGACAAUAGUUUUUUGACAUAUAAUAGUGUGAUGUGCGAAGAUGUUAGUUUAACUGGCACCGGCUUUUUGUGGAGACAUUGGACUAGUCAGUUGUUGAUUUGGCGGGUUCUCGUACCGGUUUUCACGUUUUUAAUUUUUAUGCACGGCGGCUACGGUUUGCACAUUCUACUGCACGGUUAUUUUUUUCUAUGGUAGAGUUCCUGUGUCUUCUGUUCAGUAUCUAAUCCGAUGCAAUGCGCGCUUUUGUACUUCUACUGUUAUUACCAUAUGUAGUCAUUCGGGACUAGCUGCAGUCACUGUGCCAAGUACGAGUACCUCAACAAAACGAUUUAUUUAAUAUUUAUGACUCCA